AUGUACAUUGGAGAAUGGAUUAAAGGUUGGCAGCUCGUGUAUUGCUUCCAAACUACCUUCCGCAUCGUCUCCAUUGACAUCCUCUGCAUUGGAGCCUUCAUUGUCGGUGUCGUCUUCAUUGGCCUCUUCUUCAUUGGCAUCGUCUUCAUCAGAAUCUUCCUCAUCGGCAUCGUCUUCAUCGGAAGCUUCUCCAUCUACCGCAACAGCAUCAUCGGGUUCGAUCUCUAG